AUGCGAUCUCUCUUGCUUCAAUCUCCAGCCCGCCUAGGGCUUCGCGUAGGAGUCCUGCGUGCUUGUACCGCUUCAGUCCGACACUACUCUGCGCGAACAAGUCCAAAACGCACCGACCGAGCUCCAUUGAACCUGACCGCCCUUGAUCAGAAAUGGCGAGAAACAUGGAAGAAGAAUGGCUCUCUUCAGAGCGCCCAGGGGGCAGUUGCCAAAGACAACACGGCUUCCGCGAGCCCUGAGAAGGACAACAUGUACAUCUUGUCCAUGUUCCCCUACCCGUCAGGAAAGUUGCACCUUGGCCACCUACGAGUCUACACCAUCGUCGAUGUCAUGGCCCGGUAUCACAGGUUGCAAGGCAAGGAGGUGCUCUCACCAAUGGGCUGGGACGCAUUUGGACUGCCUGCUGAAAACGCCGCCAUCGAGCGAGGCGUGGAGCCUGGCGAGUGGACAAGGGAGAACAUGGCCCGGAUGAAGGAACAACUAGACGUCAUGAAUGGUAGUUUUGAUUGGUCCAGGGAAUUUGCAACUUGCGAUCCCGAAUUCUACAAGCAGACUCAAAAGAUAUUCCUGAUCCUCCACUCGGCGGGGCUUGUCGACCGUAAGCGUUCCGAAGUCAACUGGGAUCCUGUCGAGAAUACCGUCCUGGCAAAUGAGCAGGUCGAUGCCUCUGGUCGCUCCUGGCGAUCUGGGGCCAUAGUUGAACAGCGUUCACUUGAGCAAUGGUUCUUGAAUAUUACCAAAUAUAAAGAGUCUCUGCUUGAAGAUCUAGACAAACUGGCUAAAGAUGAUGCCUGGCCGGAUCUCGUCCUGAGCCAACAGAAACAUUGGAUCGGCAAGACGAAAGCUGCUUAUUAUGACUUUGUCGUCAAUCUUCCUGGUGCUGAAACAGAGACGCUAAGGGUAUACACCACCCGCCCCGAGACUCUAUUUGCUGUGCAAUAUCUUGCCUUGUCACCGCACUCGACAUUAGUACAGCGCCUUGCUGAAAAGGACGAAAGGCUGCGUGCUUGGCUGGACACUGCCAAGGAAUUGCCACAUGACUCUAAGGAAGGCUAUCCGAUAUCCUACCUCUCUGCGACAAGUCCUUUGGAUCUGGCCCAGCACGCAACAGGGUCAGCAGAGACAACGUCCAUUCCAGUCUAUGUUGCCCCAUAUGUCAGGGGCGACUAUGAAACCGGAGCCCUCAUGGGUGUACCAGCUCAUGAUCUCAGAGACUAUCACUUUUGGAGGACACAUCGCAAGGAAGAGCCAAUCAAAUACGCAGUCAGCCCAGCAAGUGACGGCUCAACCGCUGGUCUUGACGGACCUUACAUUGGUGAAGGGAAAAUGACUUCACUUGCCAAGUCGUAUGCACAAAUGAAUUCAGAGGAAGCUGCUGAAAAGAUUGUCCAUGAAAUUGCGACGGAAACUUCAGCAGCACAACCAAUCACGAAAUGGAAACUGAGAGAUUGGUUGAUCAGCCGGCAGCGAUAUUGGGGCACGCCUAUCCCCAUGGUGCACUGCAAUAAAUGCGGCGUACAGCCAGUGCCUGAUGCUGAUUUACCAGUCAUUCUGCCCAAGGUUGACCAUCACUGGGCUGAAGGCAGAACGGGCAAUCCGCUCGAGAGCGCUGAGGAAUGGGUCAAGACCAGCUGCCCUAAAUGCCACGGACCAGCAAAGAGAGAUACCGACACCAUGGACACCUUUGUUGAUUCGAGUUGGUAUUACCUCAGGUUCGCAGACCCUAGAAACUCGGAGCUUCCAGUCUCCGAAGCAGCACUGCGGAAAUAUUUGCCAGUGGACAUGUAUAUUGGAGGUGUUGAGCAUGCCAUCUUGCACUUGCUCUAUUCCCGUUUCAUCUUCAAGGCCUUGAUGGAUGUACUGUACCCUGGAGUGGCGGCGGAUUUGCCUCUGAUUGAGCCCUUUAAGCGGCUCAUCACGCAAGGCAUGGUGCACGGAAAAACAUACACUGAUCCCGACACUGGACGAUUCCUGAAGCCAGACGAAGUUGAUCUUUCUGAUGCUUCCAACCCCAAAAUUACUGCAUCUGGCAAGACGGCAAAUACUUCCUUUGAAAAGAUGUCCAAAUCGAAACACAAUGGUGUCGAUCCCACAUCCUUCAUUGCCCAGUACGGCGCAGAUACCACCAGAGCCCAUAUGUUGUUCCAGGCACCAGUUAGUGAUGUGGUGAACUGGGAUGAAGACAAGAUUGCUGGCGUCACGCGCUGGCUCAAACGACUGCACAGUUUUGUUGCAACUCUACCCCCACUAGAGGUCUACACUGCUUGGGACGCCAAAGAUUACUUUCAAAAGAAGUCUGGGUCUCCAACAUGUCAUGAAGCAGAUGCUCAUGUGUGGCGGGCAACCCAGAAAGCAAUUGCGGCCAUCACGCAGUCCUAUGAUAAGGUUUACGCCUUGAACACGGUUGUAUCUCAUAUCAUGGAGUGGACGAAUGUGCUUAUCGAAAACAGCGCAGCAUCUGACGCUGUCAAGGCUGCGUCUGUGAGCCAGCUACUUCCCAUGCUUGCGCCCAUCACUCCAGCUGUUGCAGAAGAAUGCUGGGAGAUGUUAUACCCCAAAAUGGGCAGCAUCUUCUGUCCCGAAUCCGCCAGGUGGCCAGUGGUUGAUGGCACACUUGAACUUUUAGCUCAAAGUACCAUCAAGUGUGCCGUGCAAGUGAACGGCAAACUACGCUGCGUCGUGCACGUCAACAAACCAUCAGCUGAGCUCAAGCAAGGCAGCCCCGAGUGGCGGGACUGGUUCGUCGACCAGAUCAAGGCGUCUGACGAAGCAAAGAGCAAGGUCAUGAAAUCUGAUUGUGAUAUACGACAAGCGAAAAAGAUCUUUGUCGUCAAAGGUGGGCAAACUGCCAACUUUGUAUUGUAA